AUGAAUAUUUUUUAUUUAAUUUAAGUUUUAAGAAGAAAACCAAGAAUGAAAACUAAGAAUUAAAGAAAAACUACAUAUGGAUAGAAUUUGUAUUUUAAAUUAAAUUCUAAAUAAUAUGAAGUUUUUAUAAGACUAUCAUUUACCAAAAUAUAUCUCCUUUUCAGAAAUAACCAAGAAAUUCAGCAAAAGUAAUUUGGAAAAUGUCAGAGAUUUUUUAUACCUAGGGGAAACAGUUCCCGCAGUGACCGCUGCCAAGGCUCGAGGUGGACGAACAGGUCGGGAAGCAAGGCCGGAAAUACUAAAAAAGUACCAUUAUAAUUGUUUAACUCUUUUAAAGAUUUGAAAAUGCUUUUAUUUCAUCAAAAAAACUAUGAUAAAUGCAAAUAUUGGAAAUUUCCUAGAGCAGAUAUCUACUGUGAGCAUUUUAAAAAGGGAUCAUCAUGGUGAAAG